AAACUGGCAGCAGAUUGUCAGCGUGCCGGCCACCCUGGUGUUUUGGUCCCAUUCAAGUGUGACUUGAGCGAAGAGGAAGAGAUUCUGGCCAUGUUCGCAGCGAUCAAGGAGCAGCACAAAGGUUUGGACGUCUGCAUCAACAAUGCUGGCUUGGCUCACCCAAUUGCUCUAAAUGGCAAAACCAGCGGCUGGAAGAACAUGAUCGAUACUCCAUUGUGCACUCCACUUCCUCCUUACCUUCGCCUCUACAGCUCCAUUCAAGUCUCCACCUUUAUUUCCCCAACCAGCAUCUAAACUCUGGGAGAUCCUGGCCUAAUCCCUAGCAGCACUGGGAUGCUGUUCUGCUCUUCUUCUGUGGUGGGCCAUCAGUGUCUAAUUGCCAAAUAGAUUAAUUGAAUUAUGUAAAGCAAUAAAUCAUAUUAAAUUCCUUUCAA